GGGAGAUAAAUUAGUGCAAAGAAGGCCCUGAAAUAAGUUAUCUCCAGCUUAAUUAGGGAAACAAAUUUAAACCAAAAAAAAUAAUCACUGAAGCUACAAGAAAUCCCUGGCCAUGUCUCCUAGCGCAAUAUUCGUCCUUUUCUGGCGCAUAAAUGUGCAGCUCGUCUAUCCGUACGGAUACAUGGACCGUUCGCUGGAGGACGCUCUGAACGACGAUAACCUGGUGUGGAGCAAGGGGGAUCGGAUCGAGCGGAACCUGGAGUGGCUGCUGCGGGACUCCUUCCGGACCUCGGUGAUCCUGGUGCUGAUGAUGGAGAUGCUGCGCUUUGUGGACCUCGCAGUGAAUAUUCCAAACGCGGUGUUAAACAGACUUUAGUCCCGGGUUCGAACUGUGUCCCCAAGCCGUUCGUUGCCCCAUCAAAACAACGCUGCUCAAAUAAUUUCGUCUUGGGGUAGGACCGCCAUUGUGCCAACGUUCGUCGCCGUCGUUGUCGUCGCCGCUGCCCAUUUAAUCAGUAAAUUUUAUUUUUUAAAAUGUUAUUAAACAAUAUUUGCCUUAGCAAAAGUCAGACGUUCGCAGUGCAAUAAACUUUUCAGCACUUGA